AUGAAGUCAAUGUUUUGGUUGCUCUUCUACCAGCACGAACACAGUGCGUUUGCACGAGUGACCACAUAUGUCUUCUACGUUAUGGCGGAGCUUGACAUGUACACGGAUGCCAUGUUUAUCGCCAUCGCGACUACGUGUGGAUCGUGGUACGGCCAUGCAGCUCUUCUCACCUACGCUGGUGGAGUUGUAGCUCUUCAGCUGUGCAUACCGACCCUUUUCAUUGGAGCCAGUCAAGGGCAGAGUGGACAAGUUGGGGCAAUGUGGAAUUUGCUCUUGUUCCCCGUUGAGUCAGCUCCAAGGACAAGACAAAAAAAGGGCUACGUGCCGCUGGAUCAGCAGUUCGAGAUCAACGAGGCAGAUGCCAAACGACAAGUGAUGGUCUUGGCAGUGCUCCGCUGCCUCGGCGAGGAUUUGCCGCAAUGUGUUCUGCAGUAUCUAUUCACCAUCAAUGUGAAGAAGAACCCUCUCAUCAUGUUCAGCAUCGGCACCAGCGUGUGCUCUUCGGUCUUUGCAGUAGCAAAGGCGUGCUACAGCUACAAUAGUUGA